UUUCCAUCGGCUAUGAAAUGUACUUGUUCACAUGGGCAUGUUCAAUAAACACAAAAUAUAGGUCUUAUCGCUCUAGUAUCUCUCAUUUUUGAGAUGAAGACUUUCCUUACCAUCACCAUUUUCAUCUUCGUGUUGGUACGAUGCCACGCAUCACGAGACAGUCUAGCCAAGAACGGGUCACUCAGAGAUGAGAAUGACGACACACUUGUCUCGCCAGGAAAAAUCUUUCAAUUGGGAUUUUUCAAGAACCAAAAUGGAAAUCAAAGGUAUCUCGGGAUAUGGUAUCACAUGGACCCAAACACAAUCGUGUGGGUGGCUAACCGAGACAACCCUGUGUCAUCAACUUCCUCUGUGCUCACCAUUGAAGAUGAUGGCAAUCUUGUGGUGAAGGAUAAAUCUCAAAGUAAAAGAUACUUCACCACUCGUCUGCCAGCAUCAGCAUCAGGGUCUAGGACCCUGAAGCUGUUAGACUCUGGAAACCUGAUUCUGGUAGACGAUGAAUCAAGUUCCUGGGUCUGGUCUAGUUUCAAUUUACCAACAGACAGUUUCCUUCCGGGAAUGUACAUGGAAAAGACAAUGAAACUAACUUCAUGGAAAACUCAAAGCAGUCCCGGAACCGGAAGCUUCGUGUUCCAGAAAGAUCAAGUUUUCGGAUACAACAACUACACCAUUUUUACUGAUAAGAAGCUUCAUUGGAAAAGCGGGUUCGGGCUGGAAAGCAACAUAAACCCUACCAAAAUGCCCAUGGCGGCGCUUCACUUGCUAUCAAACUCCAGCAAAAGUUACUACUCCAGGCUGGUGAUGAACAGCACGGGUGAAAUCCAGUUGUAUUAUUGGGAUUUAAGCAUCAGAAGAUGGGUUCUAAACUGGUCUGAACCAAAGGAUUAUUGCGCCAGAUACAACGCGUGUGGACCGAAUAGCAGCUGCAACAUCAGCAGAGCGGAUUCUUUCUGCGACUGUUUGCCUGGGUUUGAAGUUGUUUCUGAUCCGGACCAAGUGUGCAAAAGGACGUCAAUUAUUUGCAGUGGCAACGACACAAGUUUUGUAAGCAUGGAGAUCAUGAAGGUUGAUGUAACGUUUCAGACGUUUUUGGAGUCCAGGAGUGAAGCAGAAUGUAAAGAAAAGUGUUUGGGUCUGGACUGCUGUCAAGCUUAUUCAUAUAAUGCUGUGGGGAACCAAGACCUGGUUCUAGCCGGUAUUCCUGGAGGUAAGCAAGGUUGCUGGAUAUGGAGCUCUGGUUCCCAGCUUGUUGAUAUACAAAUUGGUCAGGGGGUUAGUGGCCACAUAAUUUCCAUCCGGAACCCCCCUGCUGUUUCAAUACGAGGACCCAAAAACCCUCAAACUGUUGAUGCAACAGAGAAAACAUCAAAAUCAAUGCCCCCUCAAGCCAUCAUUCUUUCAGCAAUUGCGAUUCCUGUAGUUUUGUUUUUAUGUUGUCUUGGUAUCAUUUGCUACAAGAGGAGGAUCAAUAUCAAGAAAGUAAAAGGAAGUGCAGAUAGUGAAUCCGUUCAUCAAUUCAAUGAAAGCGUGAGGCAAGUCCAGGAAUUGUUGGAUCCAUUUCGCUCGGAUGAAAAUGAUUCGCCAAGCAUAGGCAUACCUUUCUUCGACUUUGAAAGAAUCUCGGCUUCCACAGAUGGCUUCUCUGAUGCAAAUAAGCUUGGAGAAGGUGGCUUUGGACCUGUUUACAAGGGUAAGUUGCCGGGAGGAGUAGAAGUUGCGGUGAAGAGGCUAUCAAUCCAUUCUGGGCAAGGUUUAGAAGAGUUCAAGAACGAGGUUACAUUGAUUGCUAAACUACAACAUCGAAAUCUUGUCAGGCUCUUGGGAUAUAGCAUGAAAGGAAAUGAAAAGAUGCUAAUAUAUGAGUAUAUGUCCAACAAAAGCUUGGAUGCCUUCAUAUUUGAUGGGACACAAAGUAUGUUGCUUGAUUGGACCAAGAGGUUUGAAAUAAUCAUGGGGAUUUGCAGAGGACUUAUUUAUCUUCAUCAAGAUUCAAGGUUAAGGAUCAUUCAUAGAGAUUUAAAGACGAGUAACGUAUUAUUAGACGAAGAUUUAAAUCCAAAAAUAUCAGACUUUGGAUUAGCGAAGAUUGUAAAUGGUAAAGAAGUGGAGUCCAAUACUAAAAGAAUCAUUGGAACCUAUGGUUACAUGGCUCCUGAGUAUGCUUUGGAGGGAUUAUUUUCAACUAAAUCAGAUGUUUAUAGUUUUGGAGUAGUGAUUCUUGAGAUUAUAAGUGGAAAAAAGAAACACUAUCAGAGUGAACAAGCCAUUAGUCUUCUAAAUUAUGCUUGGCAAUUGUGGAAAGAUGGAAGGCCAUUAGAUCUAAUGGAACAAGUUUUGUUGGAAAGCUAUGACCCGAAUGUAGUACUGAAGUGCAUCAUGGUCGGGCUUUUAUGUGUGCAAGAAGAUCCCGAUGAUCGGCCUACCAUGUCAAAUGUAGUGACGAUGCUCACGAGUGAUAUUUCUACACUUCCUGAACCAAAGCAACCUGCAUUUAUAGUAAGAAAGUUAACUACUUGCUAUGAUACUUCGUCUUCUUCAUAUCAACCACUAACACAAACCAAUGUUGAGGUCACAAUCUCCACCAUACAAGGACGAUAAGUGUGCUGUCAUUAUAUUUUUGCCAUUCUUCAUUAAACAAACAUAUAAAGUUAAAGAUGAAACUUGUGAGUGAAUAUCUUCAAUUCUGAAUAUAACUGGUACGUUGUUUAAAGGUGUAUACAUUUUUAAGGUACAUAUUCAUCAAGUCUACUUAUUAUUU